AUGGGACGCUUUUUUUCUUUUUACACUUGUUCUUUUUGCUGCGUUAACACAAUCUUCGAAAUCGUUUUUGAUCUUUUCUUUCUUUCUUUCUUUCUUUCUUUCUUUCUUUCUUUCUUUCUUUAUCGUUAUUUCGUUCAUUUCACCUUUCUUUCUUUCUUUCUUUCUUUCUUUAUCGUUAUUUCGUUCAUUUCACCUUUCUUUCUUUCUUUCUUUCUUUCUUUAUCGUUAUUUCGUUCAUUUCACCUUUCUUUCUUUCUUUCUUUCUUUCUUUAUCGUUAUUUCGUUUUUUUUCUUUAUUUCUUUCAUUUCACCUUUUCUUUAUUUCUUUCAUUUCACCUUUCUUUUCUUUCUUUCUUUCUUUCUUUUUUCUUAUUUCGUUAUUUCACCUUUCAUCUUCUUUCUUUUCAUUUUUUUCGUUCACUUCUUUUUCCUUUAAUUCAUCUUUUUUUUUGUUUCUUUUUUUCCAUAAUUCUUUUUUUCUUUCCAUAUCACUAUUUCGAUUCUUUCUUUCUUUCUUUCUUCUCUGUCCCCCUGUUGCUCUGUAUAGCUUUUCUUUGUUCUCUACACAUCUCUCUUUUUUCAUUUCACGCAAAUAGUCACGUUUUUUUUUCUUUUCUGUCUUUUUCCUUUUAUCCCUUUUUUUCACCUUCUCCCUAUUCUAUUUGUUACUUCUCUCUCCCUUCAUCUCUCUACUCCACCUAA